AGGCGCCCCUGUGAUGCUCCCGGGGCCCGCGGCAGUGCCCGCCACCCCGCGGACGCUCACACGUUGGUCGGAUGAAUGAAAGACGACCAGCAUGCUGCGCCCACCCCCCGCCCUGGCGCGCUGACCAUGAGCCUCAACUCCUCGCUGGGCCGCCGGAAGGAGCUGAGCAACCUCACGGAGGCGGUGGCCGGCGGAGGGGGCGUGGUCGUCGCUGAGUUCAUCGCCAUUGUCGUCAUCACCGUUUUCGUCUGCCUGGGCAACCUGGUCAUCGUGGUCACCUUGUACAGGAAGUCCUACCUCCUCACCCUCAGCAACAAGUUCGUCUUCAGCCUGACCCUGUCCAACUUCCUGCUGUCGCUGCUGGUGCUGCCCUUCGUAGUGACGAGCUCCGUCCGGCGGCGAUGGGUCUUCGGGGUCGUCUGGUGCAACUUCUCCGCCCUCUUGUACCUGCUCAUCAGCUCGGCCAGCAUGCUCACCCUCGGGGUCAUCGCCAUCGACCGCUAUUACGCCGUGCUGUACCCCAUGGUGUACCCCACGAAGAUCACGGGGAACCGAGCCGUCCUGGCGCUUGUCUACAUCUGGCUUCACUCCCUCAUUGGCUGCCUGCCACCCCUGUUCGGCUGGUCGUCAGUGGAGUUUGACGAGUUCAAGUGGAUGUGCGUGGCCGCCUGGCACCGGGAGCCCGGCUACACCGCCUUCUGGCAGGUCUGGUGCGCGCUGUUCCCCUUCCUGGCCAUGCUCGUGUGCUACGGCUUCAUCUUCCGCGUGGCCAGGGUCAAGGCCCGCAAGGUGCACUGCGGCACCGUGGUCACGGCCGAGCGCGACGCGCAGCGGCCCGGGAGGAAGAACUCCAGCACCUCCACCUCCUCCUCCGGCAGCCGCAGGAACGCCUUCCAGGGCGUCGUCUACUCGGCCAACCAGUGCAAAGCGCUCGUCACCAUCCUGGUGGUCAUCGGGGCCUUCAUGGGCACCUGGGGCCCCUAUCUGGGCGUCAUCACCUCGGAGGCCCUCUGGGGGGAGAACUGCGUCUCCCCGAGCCUGGAGACCUGGGCCACAUGGCUGAGCUUCACCAGCGCCAUCUGCCACCCCCUCAUCUACGGACUCUGGAACAAGACCGUUCGCAAGGAGCUGCUGGGCAUGUGCUUUGGGGACCGGUACUAUCGGGAACCGUUCGUCCAGCGGCAGAGGACGUCCAGGCUGUUCAGCAUCUCCAACAGGAUCACAGACCUGGGCCUGUCCCCACACCUCACGGCGCUGAUGGCCAGCGGGCAGCCCCUGGGGAACAGCAGCAGCACAGGCGACACCGGCUUCAGCUGCUCCCAGGACUCAGGGACAGAUGUGAUGCUGCUGGAAGACUACACGUCUGAUGACCAGCCUCCCUCCCACUGCACUUGUCCCCCCAAGAGGAGGAGCUCGGUGACCUUCGAGGACGAAGUGGAACAGAUCAAAGAGGCUGCCAAGAACCCCAUCCUCCACGUGAAAGCCGACGUGCACAAGUCUUUGGACAGUUACGCAGACAGCUUGGCCAAAGCCAUAGAGGCUGAAGCCAAAGUCAACCUAUUUGGGGAGGAGGCUUUGCCCGGGGUCUUGAUGGUGGCGCGGACUGUCCCGGGGGCCGGCUUCGGGAGCCGCCCGGGAGGCCGCAUCCUCGCGAGUCAGAAGCUGCAGCUGCAGAGCAUCGAGGAAGGGAACGUUCUUGCCGCAGAACAGAAAUGAGGGCCUCAGGGUGGCCUGUCCCCUGAGGUGGAUGCCCGCGGCCAACCCGCUGAGUCGGGGCCCGGGAGCAGGGGGCAGGAACAGCACCUGGCGCACAGGCACCUGAAAAAACACCAAGAACUGUGUCCGGGGCCGGAGGCUUCAGGGUCGGCGCGAGCCCCCACGUGGGCUUCUCGCAGACCCCGUGAUGGGACCAAAGGCAUCAAAAGCACAAAGAAAAGCAGAUGGAGGUGUGGCCGUGGCUUUCUGGG